AUGGUCAGCAAGCUCUCCAACGGCCAUCGCCAACAGCCGCGCUUUCUCAUAUGGGGGGGCAAUGGCUGGAUUGCCGGUCAGUUGAAACGCCUCCUGCAGGAACAGGGCAAGGAGGUUCACACCACAACCAUUCGUAUGGAGAACCGAGAGGCUGUGCUGUCGGAGCUCUUACUCACCAAGCCAACCCACGUUCUGAAUGCUGCCGGAUGCACUGGGAGGCCCAAUGUUGACUGGUGUGAGGACAACAAGGGCCAGACGGUACGAUCCAAUGUUAUCGGUACUUUGAACUUGGCAGAUGCGUGUUAUCAAGCCAAUAUCCAUUGCACCACCUUCGCUACUGGAUGCAUAUAUCAGUACGACAAGACUCAUCCCGUCGGUGGGCGUGGCUAUACGGAGGAAGACCGCCCGAACUUUGAGGGAAGCUUUUACUCCUUAACCAAGAGCCACGUUGAGCCGGUAUUGAGCAGUUAUCCCAACUGCCUCAUCCUCCGUCUUCGCAUGCCUGUUAGCGAUGACCUUCAUCCGCGCAACUUUGUGACAAAGCUCCUCAACUACGAGCGGGUGGUCAACAUUCCCAACAGCAACACCAUUCUCCAUGAUCUUCUGCCAGCCUCUAUUAUGCUCGCAGAACACGGUGAGACUGGCGUCUACAACUUUACCAACCCCGGCGCCAUCUCUCACAACGAGGUACUCACGCUUUUCAAGGAUAUUGUGAGGCCGGAACUGAGCUGGCAGAACUUUACUCUGGAAGAACAGGCCAAGGUCAUCAAGGCAGACCGGAGUAACUGCUCAUUGGACACGUCGAAGCUGGUUGCUAAGCUCAAGGAGUACCAGUAUGAGAUUCCCGAGGUUCACGAGGCUUACGAGAAGUGCUUUGAGCGCAUGAAGGCUGUAGGAAUUGAGUGA